GGCCGGCUCCUUGGGCUUCCCCGCGGAACCCGCGGGGUGUGGGGGCGUAGGCGGGGCAUCCCGAAGAAGCGCGGGGCCCCCAGCUAGGGUCCGGCUCCGGGGUCUCGGGCCCUAAGCGGGAAAGGGCUGUGGAGCUGCGGGGAGGCAAGAUGACUUCUCUCCCCCAAGCUUGGAACAGCUGAAAGAAACAACGGAGCAAGAUGAGAACAACAAAGGUCUACAAACUUGUCAUCCACAAGAAGGGCUUUGGGGGCAGUGAUGAUGAGCUAGUUGUAAACCCCAAAGUGUUUCCUCACAUCAAGCUUGGCGAUAUUGUGGAGAUUGCUCAUCCUAAUGAUGAAUACAGCCCUCUGCUUUUGCAAGUCAAGUCACUGAAGGAAGAUUUACAGAAAGAAACUAUCAGUGUAGACCAGACUGUGACUCAAGUUUUCCGUCUAAGACCUUAUCAGGAUGUUUAUGUGAAUGUUGUAGACCCUAAGGAUGUGACCCUUGACCUAGUGGAAUUAACCUUUAAGGAUCAGUAUAUUGGCCGAGGAGAUAUGUGGCGACUGAAGAAAAGUUUGGUCAGCACAUGUGCCUAUAUCACACAGAAGGUGGAAUUUGCUGGCAUCAGGGCACAGGCUGGUGAGCUAUGGGUCAAGAAUGAGAAGGUCAUGUGUGGUUAUAUCAGUGAAGAUACCAGGGUGGUGUUCCGUUCUACAUCGGCUAUGGUUUACAUAUUUAUUCAGAUGAGCUGUGAAAUGUGGGAUUUUGAUAUUUAUGGAGAUCUAUAUUUUGAGAAAGCUGUGAAUGGUUUCCUUGCUGAUCUUUUUACCAAGUGGAAGGAGAAGAACUGUAGUCAUGAAGUGACAGUGGUCCUAUUUUCUAGAACUUUCUAUGAUGCAAAAUCUCUUGAUGAAUUUCCUGAAAUCAGCCGAACUUCAAUUCGUCAGGAUCAUAAAGGUCGAUUCUAUGAAGACUUUUAUAAGGUGGUGGUACAGAAUGAGAGGCGAGAAGAGUGGACUUCACUCCUUGUGACCAUUAAAAAACUCUUCAUCCAGUACCCAGUGUUGGUGCGACUGGAACAGGCAGAGGGCUUUCCUCAAGGAGACAAUUCUACCUCAGCACAGGGAAACUAUCUAGAGGCCAUCAAUCUGUCAUUCAAUGUGUUCGACAAGCACUACAUCAACCGCAACUUUGAUCGAACCGGACAGAUGUCAGUGGUGAUCACGCCCGGAGUGGGCGUGUUUGAGGUCGACCGCCUGCUUAUGAUCUUGACCAAGCAGCGGAUGAUAGACAAUGGAAUUGGUGUAGACUUGGUGUGCAUGGGGGAGCAACCAUUACAUGCCGUCCCCUUGUUCAAGCUGCAUAAUCGCAGUGCCCCUCGUGACUCUCGUCUGGGUGAUGACUACAAUAUUCCUCACUGGAUAAACCACAGUUUCUACACAUCCAAAAGCCAGCUCUUUUGUAACAGUUUCACCCCACGAAUAAAACUGGCAGGAAAGAAGCCUGCUUCUGAGAAAGCAAAAAAUGGCCGUGAUACCUCUCUUGGGACUCCAAAAGAAUCUGAGAAUGCCCUUCCCAUCCAAGUCGAUUAUGAUGCUUAUGAUGCCCAAGUGUUUAGACUCCCUGGACCUUCGCGGGCUCAGCGCCUCGCCACCUGCAGGUCUGUGCGAGAGCGGGAGAAUCACAGCCGAAAGAGUGUGAGCUACUGUGAUGUCUCAUCCAGCCCUUCCCUGGCCAGCCGUGCACUGCCCCCUGAGGAAGUAAGGAGCCAGGCUUCUGAUGACAGCUCCCUGGGCAGGAGUGCCAACAUCCUGAUGAUCCCACAUCCCCACCUGCACCAGUAUGAAGUCAGCAGCUCUCUGGGCUACACCAGCACUCGAGCAGAUGCCCUGGAGAACAUGAUGGAGCCACCGCAGCGAGAUUCCAGUGCACCCGGGAGGUUCCACGUGGGCAGCGCAGAAUCCAUGCUGCACGUUAGACCUGGGGGAUACAUGCCGCAGCGGGCACUGAUUAACCCUUUUGCCCCCUCACGAAUGCCCAUGAAGCUCACAUCCAAUAGAAGGCGCUGGAUGCACACUUUUCCUGUGGGACCAUCCGGAGAGGCCAUCCAGAUCCAUCACCAGACCCGACAGAAUAUGGCGGAGCUGCAGGGCAGCGGGCAGAGGGACUCAACUCACUCCUCUGCGGAGCUGCUGGAGUUAGCGUAUCAUGAAGCUGCUGGAAGGCACAGCACUUCCCGCCAGCCUGGUGACGGCAUGUCCUUCUUGAACUUCAGUGGAACAGAAGAGCUUUCUGUCAACCUGCUUAGCGACAGUGGUGCAGGUAUGAAUCCCAGGACCCAGAAUAAAGAUUCUCUUGAAGACAGUGUUUCUACCUCUCCAGACCCAAUUCUGACACUGUCUGCUCCCCCUGUAGUGCCAGGCUUCUGUUGCACAGUGGGAGUGGACUGGAAGUCUCUCACUACUCCGGCGUGCCUCCCCCUCACCACCGACUACUUCCCCGACCGCCAGGGCCUGCAGAAUGACUACACAGAGGGCUGUUACGACCUCCUCCCGGAAGCGGACAUGGACAGAGAUGAAGAGGGUGUGCAGAUGACAGCCCAGCAGGUGUUUGAAGAGUUCAUCUGCCAGCGUCUCAUGCAGGGCUACCAGAUCAUAGUGCAGCCCAAGGCGCAGAAACCCAACCCGGCCGCCCCGCCCCCGCUGAGCAGCAGCCCGCUCUAUAGCCGAGGCCUCGUGUCUCGAAACCGCCCUGAGGAGGAGGACCAGUACUGGCUGAGUAUGGGCAGAACUUUCCACAAAGUGACGCUGAAGGAUAAGAUGAUCACAGUGACACGAUACCUGCCCAAGUACCCUUAUGAGUCUGCCCAGAUUCACUACACCUACAGCCUCUGCCCUUCCCACUCAGACUCCGAGUUUGUCUCCUGUUGGGUGGAGUUCUCCCAUGAACGGCUGGAGGAGUACAAGUGGAAUUACUUAGAUCAGUACAUCUGUUCCGCUGGCUCUGAGGACUUCAGCUUAAUCGAAUCUCUGAAGUUCUGGAGGACCCGCUUCCUGCUGCUGCCAGCCUGUGUCACGGCCACCAAGCGCAUCACGGAAGGGGAGGCCCACUGUGACAUCUAUGGGGACAAGCCCCGGGCAGACGGGGAGGAGUGGCAGCUCCUGGAUGGCUUCAUCCGCUUUGUGGAGGGCUUGAACCGGAUCCGCAGGCGUCAUCGCUCAGAUCGCAUGAUGAGGAAAGGGACUGCUAUGAAAGGCUUGCAAAUGCCUGGGCCCAUUUCCACGCACCCCCUCGAGUCAACUGGACCUCCAGUUGGGAAGAAGGGAACCUCAGCUCUGUCUGCCCUGUUGGAGAUGGAGGCCAGUCAGAAGUGUCUCGGAGAACAGGCAGCUGUGCAUGGGGGCAAGAGUUCCGCCCAGCCAGCCGAGAGCGGCAGCAGCGUUGCCAUGGCUCCCUCCUAUGUGGAUAGCCCACGAAAGGAUGGGGCCUUCUUUAUGGAGUUUGUCCGCAGCCCACGCACAGCAUCAUCUGCCUUCUACCCACAGGUGUCUGUGGACCAGACGGUUGCCCCAGUGUUGGAUAGCUCCAGUUUGGGGAUAAGCACAGGUCAACCUGUGGACAGAAGCAACAGCCAGACCUUUGGGAACUCCCAGGCCUCAGGAGAACAAGGCUUCCCCUCCACAAACCCCAAUGAUAGCAGCUCUCAGCAGCUGGCGGCAAGCUCCUUGACAUCAUCCUCCACCCUAGUGGAGAUCCUGGAAGCCAUGAAGCAUCCCUCGACAGGAGUCCAGCUGCUCUCCGAACAGAAAGGCCUCUCGCCAUGCUGCUUCAUCAGUGCAGAGGUGGUGCACUGGCUGGUCAACAACGUGGAGGGCGUCCAGACACAGGUGAUGGCCAUCGACAUCAUGCAGAAAAUGCUGGAAGAACAGCUCAUCACCCACGCAUCUGGUGAAGUCUGGCGGACCUUCAUCUACGGCUUCUAUUUCUACAAGAUAGUAAUGGACAAAGAACCUGAUCGAGUGGCCAUGCAGCAGCCCACCACCUGGCACACAACAGCAGUAGACGACUUCGCCAGCUUCCAGCGCAAGUGGUUUGAGGUGGCUUUUGUGGCCGAAGAGCUCUUGCACUCCGAGAUUCCUGCCUUCCUCCUGCCCUGGCUGCCCAGCCGGCCAGCCUCCUACGCAAGCAGGCACAGCUCCUUUAGCCGCAGCUUUGGAGGACGGAGCCAGGCAGCUGCACUCUUAGCUGCCACCGUCCCAGAGCAAAGGACUGUAACCUUGGAUGUCGACGUGAACAACCGCACAGACAGGCUGGAGUGGUGCAGCUGUUACUACCAUGGCAACUUCUCCCUGAGUGCAGCCUUUGAGAUCAAGCUUCACUGGAUGGCAGUGACCGCUGCAGUGCUCUUUGAGAUGGUCCAAGGCUGGCAUCGAAAAGCCACCUCCUGUGGCUUUUUGUUGGUCCCGGUGUUGGAGGGCCCCUUUGCACUGCCCAGUUACCUGUAUGGCGAUCCACUUCGAGCCCAGCUCUUCAUCCCUCUCAACAUCAGCUGCCUGCUCAAGGAAGGCAGCGAGCACCUGUUUGAUAGCUUUGAACCGGAAACAUACUGGGAUCGAAUGCACCUUUUCCAGGAAGCCAUUGCACACAGGUUUGGGUUUGUCCAAGAUAAAUACUCUGCCUCUGCUUUUAACUUCCCUGCUGAGAACAAGCCUCAGUACAUCCACGUGACAGGAACAGUGUUCCUGCAGCUGCCCUACUCCAAGCGCAAGUUCUCCGGGCAGCAGCGGCGGCGGCGAAACUCCACCAGCUCCACCAGCCAGAACAUGUUCUGCGAGGAAAGGGUCGGCUACAACUGGGCCUACAACACCAUGCUGACCAAAACCUGGCGCUCCAGCGCCACGGGCGACGAGAAGUUCGCCGAUCGGCUGCUCAGGGACUUCACAGACUUCUGCAUCAACCGCGACAACCGCCUGGUCUCAUUCUGGACCAGUUGCUUGGAGAAGAUGCAUGCCAGCGCCCCGUGAGCCCAGCCUAGGCAGGGCCAGGUCAGAGGGCGGGCGGGUGUGGUCUCACUAUUGAUAUUCAAUAGGUUCAGUCAGAGUCUGGCGUCAGUUUGCCACUGUUGGUGAGAGAGGCUGUUGCUGCUGCUGCUCCCCACACAAGUGUUCUUCCAUUGGGAGAGAAAGACUUGGGAAACUGGGAGUGCCCAGGGCAGGUGGGAGGCCCAGGUGGUCCGUGGGAGGGCUUCAGUAUGGGGGAGGGGACAUGCAGCCCCCUGAAUGUCCUCAGAGGCGGCGGCUCCUAUGAGCAUCCCUUCCCGCCACCAUCCAAGGAGGUGGAGCAGAAUCUGCCGCUUCCUGACCAGAAGUGUGCACAGGAUGUAAGAUAAUUUUGUGAAAUAAUGUACCAUAGGCCCACAGCAACCUGUACAUACCUGUAUAUAGCAGAAGUAGGAGUAAAGUGCCAUGGGCAACCUCUCUGUCCUCAGCCUGGUUCCUGGCAGCAACAGCCCCAUCCUCAGCUGGGCAGUCAAGUCCCUCGGCUGGGACUGUAGUGACAAGAAGGAGAGCUGCAGACAGUGAGGAGGACUCCAGGAUUCCAUGUCUGCCUGUGAGUGCCCGGCAAGGUGUCUUUCCACAGGCCCCUGGAGGAGCGUGGAGAGCGUGGUCAGCACCGGUGAGCAGGCAGUACAGCACGCUGGCAAACGGCCGUCUUGUGCAGGCAGAGGUGAAGCUCGCCAAGGGAGCGAGCCCAGCUGUGGCAUGCAGACGUGGUGUGGGGAAAGAACUGCAAGGAAAACCUUGUUGACUCUGAGGUUUAGCACCGACUCCUUAACCAGACGAGACAGCACAGUGCCUCCACUUCAGUGCCCUGCCAUGACCUCCUGGGGGAUAUCAACCCCGCUUCCCCCUCUGUCACCACACAGAGCUAAUGAAAAGCCCUGUCAGCGUCCCUCCGCAGCAGCGAACCCACCCACGUCUCCCUAGGCCCUCAGCUGCCAUCUGAGCUUAGCCUCCUUCAUCUUUGUUGUCUUCUUCAUCCGACAUGGCUAGGAGAGCCUUCGACUCGUCUCUGCUUUUUCUUCAGGCGGUCAGAAUUUUUUUGAAAAACUGCUCUGAUGGUGCCCAAGUCUCAGAAGGCACCUUUUCAUGUUGAGAAAUGAGAGGAUUAAGGCCCAGACGUGUGCCUUAGGGCCCCCGGUGCAGGUGGAGAUGAGUGUAGCUGGCCCAAUAAGACAGGAGCCUUAAAGCAGAGGGCUUCGUGGGGUCUGGCCCUCCUCCUCUCUACCCCGCAUACGGCAACAGGCUGAGCCGCCUGCCUCCGGUCUAGGUAGAGCCCGAAUGAGGACCCAGACCUCUGGCUCCCAGCCCAGAGCCUCCACGUCUUCAUCUCUAGAGUGAGCUGGUAAUGACCCCUCCUGGGUCAUGAGCCGCACAGGAGAGAAAAUGGGUAAAGAGCUUAAUGCAUGGAUGUAGUGUCCCCCUAAAUAUUAGUCAUUGUGAUGACACUGCCCUAAACUCCAAACCCCGGGAGUUUAGAGAAGGGAGUCAUCAGAGGACUGGAGUGGACAAGGUAACAGAGUAGACUGGAGUCUUGUGGGGUUAGUGGGAGCUGACCAAUGCAGGCCCAGGGCUCCCCGCCAGCUCCGCUCCCCACCAACCGUGCCAGGCCUGGAGGGCUGUAAUCUAACUGACUACACUGUGUUCUUUUGCCUUAUCUGGGUCUCAAGAACACCUCCUGGAGGUAUUUUCUUUACCCCCCAUUAGUUUCUCCUUUUUGCUUGGCAGAGUGGCACAUUGCCAAGAGCUGGGGUGGGGGCAGCUCUGCCCCUCGCCCCUCUGCCUGCGGCCCACGUUCCUGGCUCUCAUGAGUAGGGCGCCUGUUGCCUGGGAAGGGCUGGGCAGCCCUGGGGUACCUUUGAGCUUUGUGGUUGUGCUUGAGGCUGCACACAGGUCCUGGUACGCCAGGCACAGCACCAGUCAUCCUCCUGGACAGAGAAAUGAACCUGGGGUGAAGGGCCACGCAGGAUAGCCUGAUGGGAGCAGAAACAGGAUAGACUAAUGCCUUCCUUUACGAAAGGAACUUGAAGUUAACUGGAAAAUGUGAAAGCAGAAGUGGUAGCCUCUUCGUCCCUUGCUGUAAUUCUCUGGUGCUCCGGUAAGAACUCGCUUAAAUCACCUCUUCCAGGCCUCUCCCCUUUCCACCCCCUGACUCCCACACGCACACCAAGAUUCUGACUCAGGAGUCCUGGGACUUUGCACUGUAAAUAGACACUCGGUGAUUCUGCUCUCAGUGGUCCAUUGGAGAAACCCUGUCCCAGGUUCCUUCUCUGGAUUUGUUCCUGCUUGCUUUACCUGGAAAUGUGAUUCCCAGACCAGAGCAGAGGGGAAGCUGCCCACUGGAAGGGCCACAAGGCAGAGGCAGAGCGUGGGAGAUAACAGCACCAUGGCAGCGAGGUCACCAGGCCACCAAAGGCUGGACAGCUGGACUGGCAACUGCCAAGUACUGUGUUGGGUAAGCAUAGAGGGCCCAGUCUCAUCUGGGGACCUUUCAGAGUCAUUAAAACGAGAAUCCAGGUGCUACAAGAAAGAACAUCAUAUAUGCCUCUGGCGCUAAGGAAAAAUCUGUGAGGCAUCGCCGGAGGGAUAGGAAAUUGCGGCAGAGAAAACCAAAUAAAGCCCAUUUACAGGCCCCCUAAGUGACCCCCCCCCAGAUUUCAGAUACAUGAAGUAACAAUGGUCGCUGCAUUUCUUGAGUGGUUCCGUGUUCUGGGCAAUGUACCUACUUGACAUACCUCAUUGCCUCAUUGUGUCAUCUUACCAAGCACCAUCAUACCAGCUGAGGGCUGGGGCAGAGGAGACUCCAGGAGGUGGGACCCUUGGCUGAUGGGGCUGGGAAUCUCUGGGACCCUUGACUGCAGCCUCCGCCCACUGUGCUGCCCCUCACCUGGUGCUGGCUCAGUGAGGCCCCGCCCACUCUGUAAGGAUAGAAGGUCUCCUCUGUUCUUUCCAGCUGACUUUUGCCUGUGUGGCACAGAUACCGGGCUGCUGUCUGGAAGCCAGUGCCUGCUCCUUCCCCUCUGGCCCAUAGCUGGUUUACAAGUGCUUCAGCCGGCUUCCAGCCUUCGCACUUGCCCUAAGCCUGGCCUGGAAUGUGUUGGCUGUGGGCACAGCAAGUGCCAGGAAUUCAGUCCUACCGGACUGUAGAGUUGAGCUCCGGCUGCCGUGCUGUUUCCUCCAUGAAUCAGCACAUAGUCCCUCCAAGAAGAAAAAGUCUUCCCUGGUUGGGGCAAGGGGAAAGGGGGAGUCACUGUGGGAUCCCCUUGCAAACCCUUUCUCAUGCUGGUGUUUUCGUCUGAACUCACCUGUGGUGAUUCUGAAAGAAACCACAGGGGCCUCAGGUCUCCAACUGAUGAGGAAGCUGAGUGCUGGAGGAAUGAGGCCUCCAGGCAGCACGUGGCAGUUGUGAUUGAAUCGAGUCUCUUACCUCCGCGCUGCACUAUGAAUUAUACCGGAUUGCUUAU